AUGGCCCAAGAACCAGUAUCAGAUGCUCACAAAGAGCCCAUAAGUCAAACGACAACCGCAGAGGAGGUGGACAACGAAGAAGACGACCUUGAAGACAUUUUCGAAGAAGACGAUUUCGACCUCGAUGGCGCCGAGGGCAGGUCAUUCGAGGGCAGGUCAUUCAACAGACAAGCGGCCAACGGGCCAGCAGGCGCCGUGUCAAGAUCGAGCAAACCAUCUGCGAACACACAGGCGAACGUGGACGAUCAAAUAUCCGCACUCUCGAAGCAUGCCGCCAAGAUCCGUCUCGACGAUGUCAAGCAAACGCAGGAUCGCGACAAGGACAAGGCCGACCGCGCCACGAGCGAACUGGUGCUGGACCAGCGCACGCGCAUGAUCCUGCUGCAAAUGAUCAACCGCGGCGUCGUCUCCGAGAUCCACGGCGCGAUCAGCACGGGCAAGGAGGCGAACGUCUACGGCGCCGUGCUGCACCCAGAAGAUGGCUCCGAGCCCGCACAAAAGGCGAUCAAGAUCUACAAGACGGCGAUUUUGGUCUUCAAGGACCGCGAGAGGUACAUCACUGGCGAGCACCGCUUCAAGGGCGGCUCGGAGAAGGGGAACAACAGGAAGAUGGUCAAGCUAUGGGCUGAGAAAGAGUUCCGGAAUCUCAGGAGGAUACACUCCGCCGGCAUACCGUGCCCAGAGCCGAUCUCUCUCAAGCUACACGUACUUGUUAUGGACUUCCUUGGCGACAAGAAGGGGUGGGCGUACCCAAGGCUACGAGAUGCGCAGGUCUCGAGCGACGACGAGUGGAGGGAUCUCUACAUUCAACUGCUCGGUCUUAUGAGGCGCAUGUACCAGGUCUGUAGGCUUGUGCACGCCGAUCUGAGCGAGUACAACAUUCUUUACCACGACCAGACACUAUACAUCAUCGAUGUGUCCCAGAGUGUCGAACACGACCACCCUCGAUCGCUCGAGUUCUUGCGCAUGGAUAUUAAGAAUGUAGGCGAUUUCUUCAGGCGGAAGGGGGUCGACACUCUGGCAGAUCGCACAGUGUUUGACUUCAUCAUCGAAUCACAAGGACCGGUUGAGGGAGCCGAGAUGAAGAAGAGCGUCGAGUUGCUUUAUGAAAGUAGGUCGGCGGUUGGCGAGGACGAUCAAGCCAUCGCAAACCAAGAAGUCGACAACGAGGUGUUCCGGAACCAAUACAUCCCACAGACACUCGAGCAAGUGUACGAUAUUGAGGCAGAUGGACAGAAGCUUGGCACAGGGGAGGGCGACUCGCUGGUCUACCGAAAUCUCCUCGCUGAUCAGGUUGUACCAUCCAAGGACGACAAGGCAGGUGCAGACGGAGCUGCUCAAGGGAGCGCCGAUUCAGUUGACGAGUCUGACGACGGCGCAUCGCUGAACGAGAGCGGAAGCGAGUCUGACGAGGGUGAUGGUCGACCACGUGGAAAGAGGUUCCUAGACAAGGACGAGAAAAGGGCCCACAAACAAGCAGUCAAAGAGUCCAAGCGGGAGAAGAGGAAAGAGAAGAUGCCAAAAUCUGUCAAGAAGAAAUUGGUAAACUCGACAUCUAGAAAGAAGAAAUAA